AUAGUCCCCACAUCUCUCCUUCUCAUUGGCAGUAAACACACGCUUUUUCUGUUGAUAUAUCUUCCCUUCUUCCCCAAAUCCCCUCAAUUCAAUUCAACACCACGUUUCUUCUCCUCUCAUCUAUUUUCACCUCCGAUUAACAACAUGAUGACAAGACAGCCGCAGAAUCAGCAGGAUCAUCGCUCCAAGGCCUUGCACGAGCUCUCAGCCCUAGUUCUGAAUAUCAUCAGAUCUCCGCCGCCGCCCCUCGACUUCUCCGAUCAAUCUGCGGCCGCGCACCGCCGCAGGAGGCAGGGGCCUUCGUUCCAGCAGAUGACUCCCGCGGGAUUCGCCUCUCUGCUUUUGGGGAUUUCUCUGUCUCUGAUGCUGUGUGGAUCGAUGACCUUUUUUAUUGGAUUGGUGUUGAUGCCUUGGGUUUUAGGUUUGGUGGUUUCUCUCUACUUUGUGGGGGUUGUUUCGAGCAUUUCAAUGAUUGGGAGGAGUAUUUUUUGCUGCAAUUCUUCGCCCAGGAAAGAUGCUGAUGCUGCUCCGUGGAAGGUGAUGUGAAGCAAUUAGGGAUGUGGUGGGGUGAAGUGGUGCUUCUUGAAUAGGAGUGUGUUGAUAGUAAAGGAAGAGAAAAUGCAGCUCAGAAGCAGGCAGUAUAUAAUGUGGAGAAAGGAUGAGUUGCCAAUUGCCACAAGACCAGAGAAGAAGACAAGAGCAGAGGUCUGUUUGGAUGUUGAAGGCAUUGCUUUUGUUGAGCCUCUUUGUACACUACUACUGUGUCGAGUAGUAUUAUUAAUUGCUAUUAGCAUAGUGUACAUUAUGUAUUAAUGAUCAUAUAAUGACACUAUGGAUGUUGCUACCUUCUUCUACUCAUAUAUGGAGUAAUUCAUUGUGGAUGCC